GUAGGUUAGUACGGAAUUCAGGGCUUCCCAGUAUUCCUUUGGUUCGUCACGCACACGAGGAGAGCCACCAAUUUGGGCAAGUCCUCUCUUCUAGAGUUUUUCUCCCCAUAUUGUUUGAUCCAGUGUUCUCGCGUUGGCUUACAAGUUCUACUCUUCUGUGGAAUCUUGUCUCAUCGAUUCAUCCUGCAGGUAGAUGCAAUAGGUCUAUCAAGGGUGCACAGAAUUUAAAAAAACUAGUUUACUAUACUAACUAGUUGGAUAGUCCUACCUUUUCAACCAUCCGCAACACCUCCAAUCGUGAAAAACCAAACAGGUGUCCCGCAAUCUGAUGUUUGACCAUACCGCAGGUGUCCCGCAAUCUGAUGUUUGACCAUACAACAGGUGUCCCGAAUCUGAUGUUUGAGAUGGACCAGGACUUGAUCCGUAUGCAAGAAGGGAUCACGGCUGAGUUUCACAGCGCAUGGAAACAGGCAUUCCACCUUUACAUAAACGGCGCGUGGAAUCCAGCGAAAGUUAUGCUGAGAAGAUGAAACUCUUCGGACACUUGUUUAUUUAUCUUCACUGUAAGAAUGUGCUGCUCGUCUAGUUGUAGUUCUUGGGACGACACCUUGACGUUCCUCUGUACCUGUUGGGACACCAUAGCCUGCUCCGUAGCAAUUUGAAUUGGUAGUUAAAUUCAUCAAGUAUUUAAGUAUUUAAUCCGCUACUGCAUUUUCGAAAUUGCCACAAGAAAAUAUUCUUUCAUAUCCCAAGCGCUUCUUCGGGUGUCACAGAUGCGAAUGCAGGCGCAGCAAGUGCUCGACGGACCUAGUGAAUGUCUCUUAAACUACUUGGCGACCCUCGAUUUCACACCUCCCGAAGACUGGGCAGGCUGCCGCAAGUUGGAGUCAAAGUGAUGAAUUAUGACUAUGCCUCCUUGCGUUACUAAUUUACUUGAAAUUGCGUAUAGGUUGAACUACAUCUUCGACUUCGUUUGUAGUAGUGACUUUAAUAUUAAACAAAGUGAUACCUACCAAUACGGUUUUCCUUUCCUUAACUCCCUCAAUUGGUAACUACUGUGUCAAACUCAAAAAAUCGAAAAGUGACUCAAAAGUAAUGCAAUACAUAGUUUGCAAAACUCAACAAAGCGUGAAAGAACUAGUGAUUCCUUUAUGACAAGUUUUGAAACUGCAACUAGUGUCAAGUAAUUCUAUCUUCAACGAACUACGUCUAUGUUUUUUUUGCAAUUCUCCACACAAAAGUUCUCCUUACGCGUAUGCACCAUCAUUGUAGAGAUAAGAGUAGGCGGGAAAAAAACUUGCCUUGCUUCUCAUGACGACCGGCCACAUGUUGCAGCUGCACGUGAGCAUUCUAGAACUCUUGCGCGAAGCCGCAUAAAAGCGAUGGGUAAAACGGAGCUAACACAACCACCAGAAGACGCGCUUGUCGUUGUAAAAGCCAAG